AUAUGUGAGUGCUGAUGGUAUCAGGAAUUCUUAAUUAGCAGGUAAGAAACUCUUGUUGGCCAAGACACAGCAGAUCUUUUGAUGCGGGAAGAUGAGCAUGAUAAUUGCCAAGUUUGCUGAUACUGACUCUUAAAUUAUGCUGAAAUGAAUACAUUGGGAUUCAUUUGCUCGAUUCAAGUUCUUCCAAUCAACAGUUAAAGUUUAUUCGAAAAAGUUGUCAAAGCCGUGAACUGGAGAGCUAUUAUAUCAAGUAGGGCCAUCAAAAUCAUUUCUUCAGGAUCGACAUGGCAGCAACACAGUAGUUCAUAAUUUCAUCCGAGUUUCUGUACAUAGUUUACAGUAUAUCACAUUUUAAUUUUUUUUUACACCUUUUAUUCAGCUUUUUUUGAUCAGGCUGUCACAUGGUACAAAAUCAGACCUCACAUGUGUUCAGUUACAAUAACAAAUAUUUGAACAACAGUUAUUACGCUUGCAGUAUUUUGUAUUUGGAGAGACUACAUGGUGCUCAAGAGUCGACAUCUCAAUUUCUAGUUCUAAGUGUCGAAUACAGAAGAUGUUGUUUCGAAAUAAGCAGGCUCUACAGUCUUUAUUAUAUUUUCUUUUCCUUUGGUGGUUCAGUUCUGAAUUUCUAAUGGGCUUUUAUGAUGUUGGACACUUAGCUGGGAUUUACGGACAAGAGCAUGACCCAAUUGUUCUUCACUGACUUAAGACUUUGAUUUGGGUCAGUUGGAUUUCCGGAUCCGGGUUCGGAUACUUUUGCACACUGAAACCAUGAUCCAACGGAACUGAAAAACCACAAAAUUCUCAAGCCGCUGGCGAUCUACCACCAGUACCACCGCCCCAGGAAAAACCUGCAAUAAAUCCACCAAGCGCCGCCCUUCCUUUCGUCCUCCCUACUCGCUAACCCUAACCCUAACCCUAAUUACCCAACUGUCAUACCCAUUUCCCGCUAAGCCCGAAACCAUGAUGACAACCAGAAAACCCCAACCCGUUCCCUGGACUCACGAAGGGACCAUCCAUCUCAUCCAAGCCUACCAGGAGAAGUGGUACUCCCUCAGCCGCGCCUCCCUCAAUGUCAGCCAGUGGGAAGAAGUCGCCAGCACUGUCACCGCCCGCUGCGGCCUCGCCGACGAAGAUGCUAAGUCAGCCACCCAGUGUCGCCACAAGAUGGAGAAGCUCCGCCGCCGCUACCGCGCUGAGCGUCAGGGUCUUGGCGGCUCCUCUUCUUGGCCCUACUUCCACUCUAUGGACGAGCUUGACCGUGGUCCGUUUCCCAUAUCCGCUCGUCCAUUGACUUUUGUUCCUGGUAGAGAUGAUGGAAAUCAUGAACAUGGCCUCACAGAGGAUGACAGUGACAUCAAUGAGGAGAACGUUGAUGAGUAUGAUGUUGGCUUUGAGGAUGAUGACAAGGGUUUUAGUAAGUCUAGGAGCAUCAAUUAUUUACUCCAGAGGCCUAGCGUUGUGAAUAGGUUCUCUGGGUUUUUGCAGAACCCAAUGAAGAGGCAGAGAGUUGAGGAGGAGGAGGAGGAGGAGGAAGUGGUGGGGGCAGAAGUGAGGAGAGGGGGAUCAGAAUUGGCAAUGGAGAUAAGGAAAUUCGCGGAGAGGUUUGCUGGGAUAGAGAGGAUGAAGAUGGAGAUAAUGAGGGAGACAGAGAGGCAUAGGAUGGAGAUGGAGAGCAAGCGGAUUGAGAUCAUUCUUGACUCACAGAGGAAGAUUGUAGAUACGAUUGCCAGGAGUUUUGGGUCUCCGGAAGAGCUGUCAACUUCAAGGUUCAUGUGAUCACUUCAUUUUCUUGGUUCCAACGAUCUCCAGCAGAAUGUUACCAGCUUGUAUAGACAAUAGCCAGAAUCAACAAAUUUUUGAAGUGGUUUUUUGAUUAUAUGAUGAAGUUGUUUCUCUGUAUAUUUCCUCUUGCUUUAUCUUUCUUGGAAAAUAAUUUGGGAACCAACUUUUUUGUAUGACUUUUUUUCAUUCAAUAAUUAACUCUUGUAAUA